AACAGCUGCUUUACAAAACUGGAAACCUGGAGAAUGAAACUAAAGAGAGAUUAGGUAAUUUAAUGAGGAGCAGAAGAGAAAUUUAGAAUGGAUCUACUGAAUGUGCUUAGGAAGGGAAUUAGACCUGAAAUGCAGUCCCAGUUAAAGACCAGGAGGCAAUCAAGGAGGGGUUAAAGAGAUCAGAUCAGAACCAUCAUGGAACAGUCCAAUUCAUUCUUGAUUAUUUGUAUUAGUUUUCUACUUGUUGAAGCUUCAGCGCACAAUGAAACUGCAUCACCAAAUAACACAACAACAGAGCCUCCAGAAGAGAACAAUUCACACCAACAACUACUUACUUCAAUGUUGAUCCUGCUUCUUGUGUUCAUCAUUUUCAUUCUUCUAGCUGGCUAUUUUUUCAGGUUCAGAAAACAUAGGAAAGCUGUUGUGAACUCUAGUGACAAAAAGAUGCCAAAUGGAAUCUUAGAAGAGCAAGAACAGCAAAGAGUGAUGCUACUUAGCAGGUCUCCUUCUGGCCCCAAAAAGUACUUUCCUAUUCCAGUGGGGCAUCUGGAGGAAGAAAUACGGAUAAGAUCAGCAGAUGAUGGGAAACAGUUUCGGGAAGAAUAUAAUUCAUUACCAGCUCGAUGCUUGCAAGGAACAUUUGAAAUGGCAAAUAAAGAAGAAAACAGAGAGAAAAAUAGAUAUCCCAACAUCCUUCCUUAUGAUCAUUCCAGAGUAAUUUUGUCCCAAAUAGAAGGAAUUCAGUCUUCAGACUAUAUUAAUGCUUCAUACAUAGAUGGUUACACAGAAAAUAAUAAAUUUAUAGCUGCUCAAGGCCCUAAGCAAGAAACAGUUAAUGAUUUCUGGAGGAUGAUAUGGGAGCAGAAAUCUGCAAUUAUUGUUAUGUUAACAAACUUGAAAGAAAGAAAAGAGGAUAAGUGUCAUCAAUACUGGCCAGAUCAAGGAUGCUGGACUUAUGGAAAUAUCAGAGUUUCUGUGGAAGAUAGUAUUGUUCUUGUGGACUACACCAUUCGCAAGUUUUGUAUUCAGUCCCAGCUUCAUGAUGGCUGUAAAAUUCCAAGGCUUGUAACACAGCUCCAUUUUACCAGCUGGCCUGAUUUUGGUGUGCCUUUCACACCCAUUGGGAUGUUGAAGUUUCUAAAAAAAGUCAAAACAUUGAAUCCUUCACAUGCUGGACCAAUUGUGGUUCACUGUAGUGCUGGUGUGGGUCGAACAGGCACAUUUAUAGUAAUAGAUGCGAUGAUAGAGAUGAUGCAUGCUGAGCAGAAAGUUGGUGUUUUUGAGUUUGUUACAAAAAUCCGUAAUCAGCGCCCACAAAUGGUUCAGACUGAUAUGCAGUAUUCAUUCAUUUAUCAAGCCUUACUAGAAUACUACCUCUAUGGCGACACAGAACUAGAUGUGUCCUCCUUAGAAAAGCACCUUCAAGCAUCACAGAACACAACACCACAUCUUGUCAAAACAGGAGUAGAGGAAGAAUUUAAAAAAUUAACAAAUGUUCGAAUAAUGAAAGAAAACAUGAGAACUGGCAAUCUGCCAGCGAAUAUGAAGAAAGCCAGGGUCAUCCAGAUCAUUCCAUAUGACUUUAAUAGAGUGAUUCUUUCAAUGAAAAGAGGUCAAGAAUAUACAGACUACAUAAAUGCCUCCUUCAUAGAUGGCUAUCGCCAAAAGGAUUAUUUCAUUGCAACCCAAGGACCACUUCCUCAUACAGUGGAAGACUUUUGGCGAAUGGUGUGGGAGUGGAAAUGUCACACAAUUGUUAUGCUUACAGAAGUUCAAGAAAGGGAACAGGAAAAAUGUUUUCAGUACUGGCCAUCAGAGGGCUCUGUAACUCACGGAGAGAUAAAUAUAGAGAUAAAGAAUGACAGCCUUUUGGAUGCUAUAAGCAUAAGGGACUUCAUGAUCACAUUCAAUCAGGAGAAGCAGAGCAGACUUGUCCGACAGUUUCAUUUUCAUGGAUGGCCUGAAAUUGGAAUUCCUGCAGAAGGAAAAGGAAUGAUUGACCUCAUUGCAGCUGUCCAAAAACAGCAGCAGCAGACAGGAAACCAUCCAAUUACUGUGCAUUGCAGUGCUGGAGCUGGAAGAACAGGUACAUUCAUCGCACUCAGCAAUGUUCUGGAACGAGUAAAGGCUGAGGGGCUCUUAGAUGUGUUUCAAGCUGUGAAGAGUUUAAGAAUGCAAAGGCCACAUAUGGUGCAAACGCUGGAACAGUAUGAAUUCUGCUACAAAGUGGUACAAGAUUUCAUUGAUAUAUUUUCUGAUUAUGCUAAUUUCAAAUAAAACUUCCUGCCUUAUUUUUUAUUUAAUAGUCUGUAUAAAGAUUUGUAAAUUGUUAAUUUAUAUCAUAUUUCCUUUAUAAUAAUUCCUACUGUAAAUGAUAUUGCCUAUGUAUGUUGCUUUAAAAGUCACACUUGCUGUAUAAAAUUAUAAAUUACUCAAAUAUAAAUAUCUUUUAAAAGCUAAUUAUAAUAAAUGUUCAUAUACAAAAUAUCAAUAUAUAUGUUGUUAUUGUAUACAUUUUUAACCAAAUCUUAGUUUAAUUUCUUUCUUUCCAUUUUCAAAAAAAGUAAAGUGUUUAUCAAUAUAAAUUUUAAUUCCCACGUUUACCAGCCCCUAAAUUGUACAAAACUAUUUUUAAAUGUAUAUUAAAUAGUGAAUCAAAGAUAACAUGUUUUAAAGAUAAAUUAUUAUUCUGAGUGUUACCCUUCUUAUACUGAAGUCAGUUACAAACAACUGAUUUCAUGAGUAAUAAUGCUAAUUAGGAGCCAGAGUCUCAUACACUUACUCAUUUUCAGUAGCACCUCACUCUAUAAAUAGUGCCACUGAAGUCAAUUAGACUGUUCCUAGAGUAAGGUGCUAUUCAAUGUGAGUAACAGUGCCUGAGUAUGGGGUUUGGAGUAUAACAACAUAUGCUGCAGUUGCAACUUAAAAACAAAAUCUAACAGCCAGGUUUUGUAAAGCCAGUACACAGCUCUAUUUCAAGUUAAGCUGUUAGAAAUAAUUCCAUGUAAAUACAGUUUAGUAAGUUAUUUGAUUUGUGUCAUUUUGAAAGUUCAUUUUACUUUGCUUUUUUAUUAAAUGUAAUGUAUUUUUAAAAUGUUCCUGACUGAAAUAGUUUUGUAAUUUAUGAGUAACUUUAUCACUAUUUUGAAAAUCUUUUGCAUGUCAGAAGAUUAAAUUUUGCUCUUGAAUACUUUUGCUAUACCUGAGCUUCUGUUAACUAUUGCAAGAAACUUUAUUCCUGUUGCCACAAACAGACAUAGAGCUUGAUAUAUGUAUAGUACAGAAAUGGACAGACUCUCUGCUUGAAUGGAAUAUAAAAGCAACUUCUUAAUUUUUUUGAAACAGCUAUUUAAUAUUGAAAUCCUACUGCUAUCAACAGUAAAGGUUGCUGAUAGGAUGUAUGUUCUUAAAAUAAUAUCUUCAUAGUUAAAAAAGCAGAUCUUUCCCCAAUAAAAAAGGGGGUAAAUAUGUGUGCAUGUGUAUAUAUAAUGAAAUAUUUCAUAGACCUGAACAGAAUUUGAGGGAUGGAAAACACAAAAGACACAAAGUAUCUGAAUGUUGAAUUUUUACAAAUAUCUUUCUCAUCCUUUAAAAAGCUUAUAUAAAUUAAUAAGCACAAAUAAAUAUGAAAAUAUCUAAUGUUAAUAUCUAAUAUGCAAUAGUUCUGUCUUGUUUAAUUGGUUGAUUUUUGAAUGCAAACAUAAAAGCCUUAUUUAAAAAUAAGCAAACCUAAACUGAUGUUUUCAUUCUAGUUCUUGCACUGUUUAACCUUUGUUAAUUUAUUUCCAGAAAUUAUAAAUUAAAAGUAGUUAUUCUAUUAACAAUGCAAAGAGUAACAAAGGUGUUCACACCUCUUCUUUUAUUACACAGAGUGCUGAAAAUGGCUAAGGUUAAAAGUCUUUAAGCACACUAUUUUCAACACUGCCAUUUACUGUUUAUUGUCUUCCCAGUAAUGCACUGCUGUAUAUUUAUUUGUACAGUAAUUAUGCACUUAAAAACUAAGACAACUUGUUGCUAGACUAAACAGUUUGAUGUUAAUGGAUUAAUUCAAACUGGAAGGACCUUUAUUUGACUAAAGAAAAGAAUGUUAAAUAAGCUUUCAAUUCUGGCAUGGUGUGUAAAAAUGGAAAAUAAGAAGACAUCAAAUAAAUGCAGUUACAAAAAUCCAGUACAUUAAGGUGAGCAUUACACAUAUUUGUUGCAUAGAAAGCAUGUAAGAAAGAUACUCAAUUUUAUUUUGAUGAUGAGAUACUUAAUAAUUUUAUCUAUCAGUAAUUACAGAAUUAUUCUCAAAAAUAAAUCUCAAGUGGCAUAGUCUAGUUUUAAUUACAAACAGUUAAACUUCCACUAUUUUCUUUGGGAUUGUGUUCUUACAGUCUCAAUUAAUCUUACUGUUUGGAUUUUUCCCUACUAUUCAGCCUAUGGUUUUUUUUUCACUUUUUCUCUUUAUUCUGUGAUGCUACUUGGACCUGAUUGUGUUCAAAUAUUUGAUAUGUUUAUCUUGAUAUUACCUCACAAUUGCCUCCUGCAGUAGAACUCACAUUUGAGAUGUAGUGUUCAAAAGGAUUCCCUUUAAGGGUGUGUCCACACUGCACUGUUUUUCUAGAAUAACAGCCGUUGUUACAAAAAACAAUACUAACAUCCACAUAGCAAUUGCGUUAUUUCUCGAAAGAGAAUCAAAAUAACAGAUGGCUUUUUCUGACGUCGGUAAACCUCAUUCCACAGGAAAUAAUGCCUCUUUCGAAAAAGCACUUUCGGAAGAAGGUGUGUGUGGAUGCUCCACUGCUGCUGUGUCGAAAUAGCUCCUCACCAGAGCCAUUGUACGUUAUUCCUCCCCAGUGCCUCCUGGGGCUCUAAAUCAAGGUAGCACGUCCACAUUAGGGGAACCUGCCUCAGACUAGUUUGGAGGCUUCCUUGUAGUAGGGAUGCUCUAAUUCAAAAUAAGCUUUUCUGGAAAAGCUUAUUUUUGAAAGAAGAUUGCAGUGUAGACGUACCCUAAUAUACCCUUUGCAGAUUUAGGACCCAGAUAUCUGGUUAAUCAUUACAAAGUAGGGCAGCAAGUUAGCCUGUUGAUGCAGGAAGUAUCUGAUACUAAAGAAAAACUAUUAAAAUUAAACAAAAUGCCAAGAAAUUCUUGAUGUCUUUAAUAUCGACACCUAGGGUACCACAGAAUACCCAUACAAAUAUUUCAGAAGUGAGAAAUACAGCUAAAUAAUGGCAUUUUCUUAUAAUUUAGAAAGCUUGUUUUCCUAUUCUUUUUAGUCCAAUAAGGUUGUAGUACUUAAUAUAACAAUCUAACAAAUAUAUAGAAGGAUUAUCUCUUUUUAAAUGUUCUGUGUUGCAUGGAAUUGCAUUAAAAUGCCAAAUAGCGAUUAGAAAAUGUAAAUUCUGAUCUGUAUGCAUUAUUGGUCACUAUGUGACUGACUUUACUGUCUAUUUUCAUGCAUUACAUUAGACCCCAAUUCAUUAAUGCAUUUAAGUAUACACUUUAAGUUUAUCUCUAUUCAGCAAAUCAUGAAAGAAUGUGCUGAAGUCCCAUUGUCUUUUGUGUUGCUGAAAAAUGCUCUUAAAUGCUUUGCUGAAUUGGGACCUUAAUGAAGAAUGCAUAUUGUAAUUACCAGUGUUUUAAAAAGUAUUUUUAUGUAUCAGUUUUUUAAACUUUAAAAGGAACCUGGCCACCUGUGUUUUCAAUAUUUUGAAAUAUUUUAAUUUCCUUGGUAUAAUUUUAAUGUAAAGUUAAUGAAACUUUUGUGAGUAACAAAUUGUAUUUAAUUUGUCAAAUCUUUAUAAUAUAUGUAUGUAUUAUACAGUUUCAGCUAUCAUUGAUAUUUUCUUUUAUUACAUUUAUAAUUUGAUCUUGCUGUGUUUAUGCCAGUGAAUGUUGCUGAAUUAUUUGUAUAUGCAAAUGCAAGAUCUAAUACAUUUUGA